UCAAAAGGGCUUGUUGGAAUUGAUAAAAGAAUUGCAGAUGUAGAAUCAUUGAUACACAGAGAGUCAGAAAAAGCCCGUCUAAUUGGACUUUGGGGUAUGGGNGGUAUUGGCAAGACAACCCUUGCAGAAGAAGUAUAUAACAAACUACGGUNUAAAUAUGAAGGUUGUUAUUUUUUGGCCAAUGUAAGAGAACAGUUAAGCAGACANGGAAAAGNUUNUUUGAGGAAUGNAAUUUUUUCNGCACUNUUGUUAAGAGAUGUGAAAAUUGACACGCCAAAUUCACUGCCAGAAUAUAUUGUUAGGAGAAUUNGUCNAAUGAAGGUUCUCAUUGUUCUUGAUGAUGUGAAUGAUUCAGAUCACAUAGNAGAUCUNUUAGGAGNUCNUGACAANUUUGGAUCAGGCAGUAGCAUAAUUGUAACAACCAGAGAUGAGCAAGUGCUUAAAGCUAANNAAGCUGAUGAGAUAUACCAUCUUAGAGAAUUCACUUCGGAUGAAGCUCUUGAACUUUUCAAUCUGAAUGCCUUUAACCAAAGUGUUCAUCAAAGGCAGUACGAUAAACUCUCAAAAAGGAUUGUUCAAUAUGCCAAAGGGCUUCCACUAAUUCUGAAAGUUUUGGCUCAUCGACUAAAUGGAAAGAAUGAGGAAAUAUGGGAGAGUGAGCUAGACAAGCUUAAAAAAGUACCUCCUACAAAAGUUUAUGAUGUUAUAAAGCUGAGUUAUGAUGAUUUAGAUCGCAAAGAGAAACAGAUUUUUCUUGAUCUUGCAUGUUUUCUUUGCAUAUCAUUUGCGAAGAUAACCAUUGGCUAUCUGAAAUAUUUACUGAAAGAUGAUGAAAGAGAUAAUUCAGUGGUUGUUUCACUAGAAAGACUUAAAGAUAAAGCUCUUAUAACAUUUUCCAAAGAUAAUGUUGUAUGUAUGCAUGACAGUAUAAAAGAAAUGGCUUGGGAGAUUGUUCGACAAGAGUCUCCUGAAGACCCUGGGAACCGCAGCCGGUUGUGGGAUCCUGAAGACAUUUAUAAAGCUUUUAAAAAUGAUAAGGUUAGUGAAGCCAUUAGAAGCAUACAAAUUAACUUGUUAACACUGAAGGGGCAAAAGUUAGAGCCGCACAUUGCUAAGAUGAGCAGACUAAGAUUCGUGGAAAUAUAUGGGGAAACAUAUUCCUUUAUUCGCUACCUUCGGGAAAGAUAUUUCUAUAAUAGCUACAAUGGGGAAAGAUAUUCCUAUAAUCGCUACAAUGGGGAAAGAUGUUCCUAUAAUCGCUGCAGACAUCCUAGUGCUGAAGGGCAAGGAUUUCAAUUUUCGGCAACUGAAACUAGAUUUCUUCUUUGGGAAUGUUACCCUCUAAAAUCCUUGCCAGACAAUUUUUCUGGUGAAAANCUUGUGAUAUUGAAAUUGGUAUUGGGUAGAAUGGAAAAACUUUGGGAUGGAGUGAAGGUAAAUAUGAGUCUCAUAAUUCUUUGCUAAU